AAUCUGAACCUGACGGAUGUCCGACAACGUUGCCCUACUGUAGCAGACAACUGCCGAGUGCAGACAUAUACAAACAUACUAGCUUAAAACUAGUAAGGUCUGUUGUUACUGUUUUCUGUAUCGUUGGUUACCUUUGAGCUCCAUAUCAAUGGCAGAAAUACUUUUAAGCGAAGCUGAGAAAGCAUUCAUUCAUCAUGGUGUCCAGGAUGAUUUACGAUGUGAUGGUAGAACAAGGCUGGAUUAUCGCCCUAUAAUUCUUGAAACUGGAUUAGUUUCAAAUGCCAGUGGAUCGGCAAGGCUGAGACUUGCAAACUCUGAUAUUCUUGUUGGAGUUAAAGUAGAGCUAGCCUCCCCUUUACCUGAUAAGCCCAAAGAAGGAAGGCUGGAGUUCUUUGUGGAUUGCUCUGCAAAUGCAACGCCAGAAUUUGAAGGGAGAGGUGGAGAAGAUCUGGCAAAUGAAAUUUGUAGAUUCCUUCAAAGAUCUUAUGCUUCAGGUGAUACAAUUAAUUUAUCUGAACUUUCUGUCUUGACAGGACAGCAAUGUUGGGUCUUGUAUGUUGACAUAUUGAUUCUUGAAUGUGGAGGGAACCUUUAUGAUGCAGUUUCAUUGGCUGUGAAAUCGGCUCUUUAUGCAACACAAAUUCCUUCUAUUAAAGUAGCAACUAUGGACGGGGAUCAACCUGAACUGGAGCUCUCUGAUGAUCCUUAUGAUACCAAGAGACUGAACACAGAGAACAUUCCUUGUGUAGUGACUUUGAUGAAGAUUGGAAACCAUUACCUAGUAGAUCCAACACCAGAAGAAGAAUGCUGCAGCUCUUCUGGUAUUGUUGUGGCGAUAUCAGGCAAUAAAAAAAUUACUGCCGUUAGGAAAAUUGGCUCCGGAAGUUUGCAUCCAGACAGCCUGGUGUCAAUGCUCAAGACGGGAAGUGAAGUAGGCGCGGUGGUCAACACAAUUUUGAUGAAAAAGCUCCUAGAAGAAGAAACGUUGGAAGUAUCCCAAAAAGUUGGCUUCAUGCGGUAAAUGGUUUUUAACACAAAAGGAUAUAUAAUUGAAUAUUUCAAAGGAAUUCUUGCAAUUACAAAUUUCACGCGACAUUUGUGUCCUGCUACUAAAUACAAUUUCUAAUGAAAUCACUCAA